CGCUCGAGCUUAGCGUUCACACAAAGCGCUUCCGGCGACGACUUCAUGUGAUUCUUCAUUGACAGGGUGAGAAACCCAGACUUUCUGCUGAGGGUAGCCCCCUUGGAACCGAAUGAAGAAACAAAUCUUACUACAUUUCACAUACCGAGGACUAGUAAGAAAAGGGAAAAAGAGUAAAAGAAGAAAAUGGACAAGUUUAUAUUACGGAAAGCCGAGCCCAAGGACGUAUCGGACAUACUGCGACUCAUAAAGGAACUUGCGAAAUUUGAGGAAAUGGAGGAACAGGUCGUCCUGACCGAGAAAGAGUUGCUCGAGGACGGUUUCGGAGAUCAUCCGUUUUACCACUGCGUCGUCGCUGAAGUACCGAAAGAUAAACAGUCUCUUGAAGGUUAUACAGUGGUUGGCUUUGCCAUGUACUACUUCACUUAUGACCCCUGGAUUGGGAAGCUGCUUUAUCUGGAAGACUUCUAUGUGAUGAAGGAAUUCAGAGGUUAUGGAAUGGGCUCUGAAAUCCUGAAGAUGCUGAGUGAGACGGCAGUGAAGACUCGAUGCAGCGGUAUGCACUUCAUCGUGGCCGAGUGGAACACGUCCUCCAUCGAGUUCUACAAGCGGCGCGGAGCUUCAGAUCUCUCCCACGAGGAGGGAUGGCGUCUGUACGAGAUUGACAAGUGCAACCUACUCAAGAUGUCAUCCAAGUAGACGCCAGUGCAGGAGAAAACGUUAAAGGAGCAUUUCAACAGCAAUAGAGUAGAUCAGUGUUUCCCAACCCUGUUCCUGGAGGCACACCAGCAUGACACAUCCUCCUAAUCAAACGCACCUGAUUCAGCUCGUCAGCUUGUUAGUAGAGACUCCAAGACCAGAAGCAGAAAGGAGACAUCCAGAAUGUGCGCUGUUGGUGUGCCUCCAGGAACAGGGUUGGGAAAACAACAACAGUUGAUACACCUGCAAUGUAUCUUUUUUAAAAUAAAGCUUAUACUUUAAGAAUGA